CAAUACCGUAUUGGCAUUGGCAUUUGGGAUUCCGGCAGGAAACUCUUCCGGUAAAGCGACUAAAAAUGGCGGUUUCAUCGUCACCGACCCUCUCCACUCUCUACUUCAGCACCAAUCUUCUCUCGAGUUCUCCUGCUGCGCGGGCUCCCUUCGAUUUGCCAUGCUCUUCCUCCGCCUGCCGCCGCAGCCAUUACACAGCCGUCGUUUGCUCUUACAAACCGAAGAGCGAAUUGGCUACUGGAGAUAAGAGGUCGUUACUGGAAAGCUACGGUCUCGAUCCUAAUGCUUUCUUAUCAGAGUCCGCCCCUAAGGGAAGGAGAAGAAAAGAAGGGAAGAAGACUGAAAGAGGAAAGCAAGUCACGGAAGAGAAGGCACCUGAACCUGAAAGGACUACCCACAGGCUACUUCAGGUACUCGGAGGAAAGGCUAAAAGAAAGAAGUUGCUUUCGCCGAAGGGGAUGGAUGUCAGGCCAAUGAUGGAAGUGGUUAAAGGUUCAGCUUUUGACAUAUUGCAGGCAGCUGGGGGAUGUCCUGCAUCUCUAAGGCCUGGGCGCUGGUUAGAUUUGUUCAGUGGUACUGGAUCAGUUGGUAUUGAAGCUAUCAGUAGGGGAUGUGUUCAGGCUCAUUUUGUUGAGAUGGAUCCCUGGGUUAUUUCAAAUGUUCUACAACCAAAUUUGGAGUGGACUGGAUUCCUAGACUUGUCAGUUGUACAUGCUGUUCCUGUUGAAAACUUUCUAAAGCAGGCACAGCAUUUUGUAGGCGAGGACAGGACAUUUGAUUACAUCAGUGUUACACCUCCGUAUAUGCUAGUUGACUAUGCCAUAUUGAUGGAUCUCAUUUCAAGAUCAGGCAUAAUUGGAGAAAAUACAUUUAUUGUGGUGGAAUAUCCUCUAAGGACAAACAUGCUAGAUUCAUGUGGAUGCCUCAUGAAGAUAACUGAUCGGCGCUUUGGGCGUACUCAUUUAGCAAUAUAUGGACCCACAUGGGCUCAGAAGAAGAGAAAAUAAGAGAUUUUGCCUUAGAAAAUGACAGAAGUUCGACUGCAGCUGAACAUGUGAGUUGGGUUUCAAAUUGUUGUCGUCAACCAAAGCUCCUUCAGCUAAUCCCAGGUCUUGAGACAGCAGCUUUGAUUGUUCUGUAAGGUACUCUUUCUUGUUAUGGACUUAUGAUUACUUUCUCCGAUUGAACAAUUCUUGAUGAAGAAAGUUGUAUAUAUAUAUACACACAUUCUUACAGGUUUUAUGUUUCAUUUGCCUCUUAGGUAGCCCCAGGGUUGCUAGAUUAAUAUGGACUGCUUGGUUGACAACCUUACGAGCGAACUUUCCCAAUUGUAAGAAAUGCAUAAAAUAUUUAUGUAUUUUGCCUGAGCUCAAGGCUUAUGUCAUUCUGUACUCUACAGAUCCUUCACUUUCCUUCAUAACCAAUAGUGUUUCAUCGCUGAAACUUUGUCAAGUUCUAUGAUUCCCUAAAUCCUACGAGGUCAUUAUACGCAAGUCUAGAUCUAAAGAUGUUCCAAAUAUUACAAUUAAUCUGGUCAAGAAUGUCUAUGCACAUGAAAUCCUAAAUUCCUCAUCUAUCUUACAGGACUAACAAGUCUACAUCUGGCCUGACUCUUCUACUUACAGUUCAGUGACUAGGAUUAUUAUUUACAUAAGGAUGGCAGCAUCCUUUUGUGUGUUUUUAAUAGUAUUCGAUCUUUAUCUUGAGAAAAUAUCAAUUGAGAUGGGUUUUACCGAUCCAGAGAUGAUUCAUAAGUUAUUCCCUUGUCAAAUUGUUUUGAAUACUUCAACAACUGGGUAGUUGCGUUUCUUUCAUCUUCAUGCAUCCCUUCUAGGAAUCUACUUAUUUUCUGGUGCUGUUGUCAAACUUUCGUUCCAGCUGAUUCUCCUUUCUGUUUAAGAUACACAAGCAUUGUCAUAGAACAUGAUAAGCUUCUGAGCAUCUGCCUUUUGCUUUUCGUAUCAGUUUGGGUUCAUUUCUUGUCUUUUCCAAAAUUUAUCCAACUAUUUCAAUUCAGUGAGGCAGUGGGACCACAACAAUGAACUUACUAAAGUGGGGUUAGGAAAAAAGCACAUGGUGUGGAUUCUUAAGCGUUAAAGAAAAGGAGGAGGGAUCUAGGCAAGGGUGAGGAAGAACUAUAUAAAGGAGAUGAAGAACACACUUAACAUGUGCUAAGGUUCUAUCAGCCGGUAGCAUGAAUCUAUUAUGUCUUAAUCAAGUUGGACCAUUGCUGGUCCAUCUAGGGCUUGACUGUGUGCCCAUUCAUAUGCAAGUUGAAUUAGAUAUCGAAAGACAGUGCUUUGCAUAGAGUAAAUCUCUGAUUAAACCAAAAGGAAAGAGAUGCGGGUCUGGCUUGUUGUAGUGACUCGAGUGGUUUUCUACCACAUCCAAAUGUCUGACUCCUGGAUAGGCUAACAGGGAUGAUUGUUGGGUAAAGAAUGAAAUUCAGCUUUGAAU